AUGGGGAACGUGAACGUCAAGGACGGUCUAGACUCCGUGGGCCUCUCCAGCCUCUCCCUUGGGAAUGCCGCGCUGGGCGGGGGGAGGGCCGCGGCGAGCGCGCAGCGCGCAGCGAAUUGGAAGGCCACCGGGAUCAUCGCCCUCAGGGACGCGCACCUGAAGUCCAUCCCCGAUGCAGUGUUUGAAGCUGCAGGAUCAGCACGCACUCUAGACGCAUCUAACAACAAAAUAGUUGAAAUCCCUGAAGCAAUCGGACGGCUGACAUCGCUGCAGCGGCUGGUUCUCCCCACCAAUCGCAUCGAGCGCCUGCCUGCUUCAAUUGGGCUGCUUACCUCCCUCAAGGCCCUUCAGUUGGAGAACAACCGAUUGACAGAGCUGCCAAACGAAAUCGGCUCGCUAUCUCGUUUGGAGCGACUAUCCAUCGCGAGCAACAAACUAGAGCACCUACCUGACUCUAUUGGCCAGCUCAUAGCAUUGGUCACUCUAGACGUCUCUUCCAACUGUCUCUCCAGCCUACCACCCACCAUCGGUAGCUGCUCUGCUCUUCAAGAAAUCUCGUUACAAGACAAUCGCAUUGCAGGUCUCCCCCCUUCAGUGGUUCAACUAUCCGACCUUCGCACUCUCGCCCUCGAUAACAACCGACUCACUGACCUUCCAGCCCAAAUAUUGGUCAAGUGUCAGCGGUUACACACGGUUACCCUACGUGGCAACGCGGUUACACUGGAGCAAUUCGAGCAGAUGGAGGGGUACGCUCAGUAUGAGGAGCGGCGGAAAACCAAAGUGGACAAACGGAUCGCUGCUAAUGUGUUGCUGAAUGACCAGAGUUUGGAUAUGGGCAUCGACCGCACGUGA